CGUUUGAUGAUAAGAUAAUCAACCGAACUGUUACCUGUAGAUACCAUUUCUUGGCGGUUCACCCGUUGUUAUCGAACCACCCGUGUCUUCCGGAGUUGCGUCUUGCUGAUAAGCCAUCUUUUUUCGUUCUUCGGACGCGACCACACGGUGGCUGCUAGUGGGCCCAUUAGUCGCAAUAGUGGUUCGGGGUGUCCAACAACUACAAGCCAUCGAAGAGAGUUUACCGGAUGUUUCCUACCUUCAGUGCCGCAGGUCAAAAACCGCCCGUGCGGAUUGGCAAUCUCCGACGACAAUCGCGUCGAUCAUCAUCAUCGUCAUCAUACGGCUCGGAAAUGAAAGCAAUUUAUCUGCUGUCCGUUGGAUUGAUUUAUCUCCUGGUCUCGGAGGUAGCUAGUCUCGAGGAACCAAACACGACACUGGUGCCGGUCGAAAAUUACAAAACCAAUCCGUACUGCUUCCGGUUCACGUGGCUUGGCCCGAAGUACAACAAGGAUACACCGUACAAAAACCUCAGCUGCGAGAAUGUCCUGAAGAAGGCGAAAGGCAUCCCGUGCUUUCAUCCGCUGGUCAUAACGAACAACACGAACAUUCCGGAUACGGACUACAUGUGGGAGGAGUACAAGGACAAACCAUCGCAGAUAGCCUGUCGGCUGGUCCGGGGAGAGAUAUGUGCUCGGUUCUCCUACCGUUACAACGGGGCAAUCGAGAAUAUAACCUACAUGUGCGCCAAGUUAAACGUGGACAACGAAUCGUCCACCACUAGCAACUGUUACAAGGAGGAUCGGCACGGUCGUGAGAUUGAGGUGUGCGUCUGUGAGUCGGCGGCUGGCCGAACGCCCUGCAAUCGCAGCGCAAUGAUGUUGGCCGAUAGUGCACCGAUCGUACCGAUGGCGCUGGCACUGGCCGUGAUUCAACUGGUGCUACUCAAGUGCCUGCAGCUGCGGUAACGCUGGGUGCCCAGAGCCUACUGCCCAGGAGGCACUUCUCACUCGCAGCCUGCACUGUGUUGUGCUGUAAAAACAAUGUUCCAGUAGCUGUUGAUGCCAGCUCAAAUGGUCAGACAGUUAGAACGCUAACCUACAGUGAAGUGGAUGUCUGCGAGAAAAUUCAAAAUGGCGUCAUACCGAUGAGGUACGCUAUAAGUCAAGCUCUUAUCAUUCGCCGUGCUAUCUUUGUAAGGGAGACGCCAGAGCUUGUCGAUGUUGAUUUAUUAGUGUAAGUGUAAUGCAAGGGUGUUAACAAUAAGAAAUGUAAAUUGUUCGUUAACGAUAGUGAAUACAGUGUUUAGUGUUACGUAAUUUUUUGUCGCAAAUUAAUGGCGAUAAGAAGAUUCCUUCGCC